AUGCUGGGAUCAAUUAUUCAGACUUUCGCUCGAAAACAAACACACAUUCCAAUUACCUUUGUGAGGUCUGUGCGGCUACUGACUUUACGUUCUAUAAACAAUAAUUCAAAUUUAGCUAUCAAUAAAAAGGCGUCUUCGGUCGCGCAAAUUAAUGUCAAAGCACUUUCAAGCACUAUUCCACCCAAAAACGUGCCUUCAGCAUGGCAAUCAACUUCUUCAUUAUCUCGAUUGUUAUUGCGACGAAAGUUUUACUUGUCUUCUAAACCUUCAUUUUUCUUUUCCAAUAAAUAUAAUGUGUCAGCCAUAUCUUUAAAACCUCCUCCAUCAUCAGCUUCUCGAGCACUUACAGUUCCCACGAAACCAAUAGUAGGGUACUGGCUUCUCAGCACAGCAGCAUUAGUUUUUGGAAUAGUAAUACUUGGUGGAUUGACCAGACUUACUGAAAGUGGCUUGUCAAUUGUAGAGUGGAAGCCUGUGACCGGUGUUAUGCUUCCCGUAAGUGAAACGCAAUGGCAAGAGGAAUUUGAGAAGUAUAAACAGUUUCCAGAAUAUAAAUUACUUAACUAUGAGAUGGAUUUGUCAGAUUUUAAGUACAUUUAUCUUAUGGAAUGGGCACACCGUAUAUGGGGAAGAGCAAUUGGAGUAGCAUUUCUCAUACCCGCCGUGUAUUUUGGCGCUCGAGGUUACAUGUCUCGAACUGUUAUGAAAAAAGUCGUAGGAUUGGCUGGACUUUUAGGAUUCCAGGGAGUUCUAGGUUGGUACAUGGUAAAGUCCGGUUUAUCUGAGCAUCUAUUGUCGACUCCGGGCGCAGUUCCGCGUGUGAGUCAUUAUAGAUUGGCUGCACAUUUGGGUAGUGCUUUUCUAUUGUAUGGUGGAAUGCUUUUGACUGGAUUGCAGGUUUUACGAGAUGCAAAAAUUACGAAGGGCGCAUAUGAUCUGUCAGUUUCUAAGACUCUUUUGGAUUCGAAUUUAAACGCAUUUCGACGAUUUGCUAUUGCUACGGCGAUAUUGGUUUUCAUAACGUCGAUGUCGGGCGCUCUUGUGGCUGGAUUAGACGCAGGCUUAAUAUACAACGAAUUCCCAUACAUGGGCAAGAACAUAACGCCUCCACGCGACGAGCUCCUCUCGCCAGAAUAUAUUCGCAAGGGCGAUAGUCUUCCAUGGAGAAAUUUCUUUGACAAUCCGACAACCGUUCAAUUUGAUCACCGCGUGCUGGCAAUGACUACAACAGGCGUAAUUUUCGCUCUAUGGUUAUAUUCAAGAAAGUUGAAUUUACCAAUACAAGCGCGCCGCGCCGUGAAUGUAUUACUUGGAGUAGUCGGUUUACAAGCAACUCUUGGUAUAAGUACUUUGAUAUAUAUGGUGCCAAUCGAGCUUGCAUCAGCUCAUCAGGCGGGGAGUUUGACUUUGUUAACGAGCGCUUUGUGGCUCGUACAUGCACUUAAGAGAAUUCCUGUACGCUGA